AUGACAUCUGCUCCCAACGAACCCCUCAAUCAACUUCAUAUUGACAACACCCAAGAUCUGUCAUCUAAAGACUUUGCAGAUUUAAUUAACAACAGUCUGAUCGCACCAAUGAGAGCCUACAAUCCACUGGAUACAUCAAACAUUUCUACCCUUCUUGAUGAAAUCCAUGAGUACCCAAAUCUUAACACCAACUUGGCUGACACUGACCUGCUCUGUGUUAAAGAAGCGAAAAAACCUCAACCCGUCCAAAGCACUAGGCCCUCAUGGCAUUGACAAUAGGAUCCUGAAAGAAUACGCACAUCCUAUCACGCACCUACUCAACGUCUCGUAGAAAGAACAGAAGCUACUCCGAGAAUGGAAACAAGCCAACAUAACACCAGUUCCCAAGGAGAAAACCAGUUUCCAACAUCAGCAAGCAUUUAAGACCAAUUUCGCUCGCCCCUGCUUUAUCUAAACUAGCUGAGGACUUCUUAGUUGAAAAGCCCAUCGCCCCUGCUGUUUUGAAGAUAAUCGAUCCAUCUCAGUUUGGC